GAUUUCAAAGCUCAGAACUUUGACACUGAUCAGUGGGAUUCUGAAAAGCCAAUGGCAGGAGUGCUGGCUGCUUACAGUUCAGUCAGAGGCUCAAGCUUUUAAGUCCCCUGUGGCUGUCUUGUGAGUACAGACUCAAAGGUGCGUCUCACUGUUCGAAAGACAUCCUGUCAGACUGUCUGUCCAGCCCUGUGGACUGAGGGAAGAAUGUUCGUGCCUUUCAACCCAAACCUAUAGCUUUUGCUAGGUUUCAAAGGAAUGAGUCUACUCCUGCUGUCUUACAGAUACCUGCUAACUGCUUUUCCUAAAGCAUAGAUUUCAUUACAAUGUUAAAUACUAAUAUGUAUUCUUUUGUAAACUAAAAUCCACAUAAGCAUCAGGGAAUCAAAUAAAUCUUAAGACCUGUAUCCACCUGCCACAGAUCACAGGGACGCCAGGUAAGGACACCACAUGCUCUUGAAAAUGGGAUUUCGGGUUCUUCUCUAAUUGAGACAUCUGCAGUUGGGGUGUCGGUGAAAGUUGUCUCUUCCUGUGUGAACAUGGUGCGGACCAAAGCAAACUACGUCCCCAGAGCCUACAGAAAAGCGCUGGCUUCUCAAGCCCCUAGGAAGGUGCCUGGCUCCUCCACCUUUGUCACCAAUUCUUCAAGUUCGUUGAGAAAAGCUGAAAAUAAGCAUGCAGGAGGGAACCCAGUCUGUGUGCGCCCAACUCCCAAGUGGCAACAAAGGCAUCAGGGAAUUCUUCAGGUUGUCCCUAAAGGUUCUAAAAAAGAGAACCAGAUACCUGAAGAAGCAGGAAGCAGUGGCUUAGGAAAAGCAAAGAGAAAACCAUGUCCUUUGCAACCUGAUCACAGAGAUGAUGAAAACGAAUAGA